GCUGUGAAGAAGAUCGAGAACGUGUUCGAGCACCUGCAGACAGCGCGGCGGACGCUGCGCGAGCUGCGCCUGCUCCGGUACCUCCGCGGGCACGAGAACGUGCUGCACCCGGACGCGGUCUACUUCGCGCGGUCCGGCGCCGACUUUGCGCACGUGUAUUUAGUCACGGACCGGGUGGACACGGACCUGGGCAACCUGCUCCGCCGCCGGGACUUGCAAAUGGACCAGAACCACCACCUCUUCCUGAUGUACCAGUGCCUCCGCGGGCUGAAGUGGAUCCACUCGGCCGGGGUGGUGCAUCGCGACCUAAAACCGAAAAACCUGCUGGUCAGCACGGGGUGGGAUCUGCAGAUCUGUGAUUUCGGGUUGGCGAGGAUCGUUUGCCCGCCGGGGUCGAAAGCUGCGUCCUCUCUGGGAACGAGCAGAACUACGCAGGCCGACGUUGUUGCAACAUCUACUGCGAAGCAGCCGAAUAUGACUCAGUACGUGUGUUCUCGGUACUACCGACCGCCGGAAGCUUUGUGCGGAAAGGCCCGCUGUUCGCCCUCGUUGGACAUGUGGAGCUUAGGCUGCAUCUGGGCGGAGCUCAUCGCAGAUGGCACCGUGUGCUUCUUCGGAAAUAGCACCACGGUAUUGUGAAUAGGAAAAGUAUAUUUUUUGCGCUUUCAUCUUUUCGCUGGAGAGGAAAAAAAGAAAGCAGUUUGUUUCCGCGUUCGAGACGAAACCGCCAAAAAAGAUCGAUUUCAGUCACCGAGCAUGGGAUUGCGAAAAUGCAACAACUCAGUACAAAAAAUUUUGCAUAUGAUAAAACUAAAACAGGAUGUGCUUCGCAGUAUCGUGAAACUUUUGGGCGCGCCUCCGCAGAAUUGGACGGCUGACAUCCCGAGCGAAAAGUGUUGCGAGUUUCUAGCUCGUUGCAGUCGAGAGUUGAAAGUGGGACCGCAGAAGCCAGAAUCUGUCUUUGAAUGGGAGUACGUUCACAAGGAAAGCGACGAGAUGGCGCGUGAUGCAGUUACUCUGCUGAACAGGCUUAUGGGAGUGUCAGAAUCGAAAUCGACAAAGUCGAAAAAUUUGCAAUGCAUAAAAUAUAGGGCACGCAUCGCCCGUGUUGGGGAGCAGGCAAAUGAGACCGAUUGUAAGCCUAUAUAGGGGAAGUCGAUGCGCUGCCAGAGGUGCAGUCUUAUUUGCCCAAACAGUAUGACAGGCUGGAUUUUGGUGCUCCCGAAAUUUGUCAUUGGAAACUGAGGCCCCAACUGGUAUCGAUGUUAUGCGUCACAAAUUAUUUCGAUUUUGUUGAUUUCGAUCCUGACGCGUCCAUAAGGCUGCUGCGAUGGGAGCCGGAGGAUCGUCUGACUGCCGCGGGCGGGCUGCAUGAACUCCUGUUUCACGAUAUCAUUUGUAAAAACGUCCCCACCCCAGAGUUGUAAUGCAAAUCUGCAUGCUGAAAAUGUUUCUCAUGCGGAGACCCAUGAAAAGCAGUUUCUACUGGUGUUUUGCGAUUUGUGAUGCGCGCAUCCGCAUGCUAUGCUAGAUCUGUGAUGCUGCUUCACUAGCUAAACACCACUACAUUGCGAGUCCAAAUUUGUCAUGCGCAACGGGCAAAGCUGGUUGAUUUGUGUAGCACAUUCGCCAUCUUGACUCCGGGAUGGGGACGCUUUUGCUCACCAUACACGACCUACACUGCGAAGAAGACGAACCGAACCACGACCCCGCGGCCGCCUCCUCCGCGCGCCUCGUUUACCGAGAUGGCAAUUUACGGUUGCUGGAUCCGCAUUCGCAUUCGCAGAAGCCCGGCGUUGGUACACAUUUGUAAACAUUGUUCGUCCACUGUGCUGUUUACUGAUGAUCAAGAAGAGGAGAGAAGGAAGAGUAUCACAGUGUAAAAAGGUUGUACUAAAUGUCGUGCUUGAGCACCGGUCACCAGUACAUACGGAACAAAACAUUUUUAAACAAAGGGGUAAAAAGUUGAAGCUGUGCAGCUCCGAAUACUACACUGCAGAUCCCCCCGAAGCGAGCGAUACCGCCGUGCCGCUGCGCAAGGGAAGCGGCGAUG